AUGGGCUGGAUCAACAGUGUGGGAGUCUUCCAGGAGUACUACCAGACUGAUCUUCUGAGGCGAUACUCUUCGAGCACCAUCGCAUGGAUCCCUUCGCUAGAGAUUUUCUUCAUCCUCGGCAUGGGCCCGAUUGUUGGAAGGCUUUAUGACAAGUUUGGUCCGCGGUGGCUUAUCCUUGGUGGAAGUCUAAUGCAUGUCUUCGGUGUCAUGAUGGCUUCCAUUAGUACAGAGUACUACCAGAUUCUCCUCGCACAGGGAAUAUGCUCGGGCAUUGGUGUCUCAGCCUACUUCAGCCAUUUAACGCAUACAGCUCUCGGCGCCGCUGUCGGAUGGUUCGACCAGAAACGAGGAGCGGCGUUUGGCCUGAUCUUCACUGGAUCAAGUGUUGGCGGCGUCGUCUUCCCAAUCAUGGUCACACAUCUUAUCAAGGAGCUUGGGUAUGGCUGGGCGAUGAGGAUCUGUGGAUUCCUGCUGCUGGCUUUGUUGCUCAUCACGUGUCUGACCGUGAAGUCGAGAGUGCCGCCACGCCCUCACAACAUCACAGGAGCCCAAUUGCUCCAACCAUUCCGCGAGCCGGCAUUCGUCGGCUGUGUGCUCGGGUUCUUUUUCCUCACCUUCGGCAGUUUCGUUCCCAUGAAUUAUCUGCCAGUGCAGGCACUUCAGGCCGGCGUCAAUCCCAAUCUGGUCCAGUACCUCAUCCCCAUUCUCAAUGCAGGGAGUCUAUUCGGUCGCUUGAGCGCUGGCAUCAUUGGCGACAGACUAGGCAUGUACAAUGUCUACAGCCUUGUCGGAACGGUGUCCGGAAUAUGGGUUCUUGCUCUCUGGAUCCCAUGCAACACUCAGAACGGUCUGAUCGCCUUUGCAGCCUUGUUUGGGUUCAGCUCCGGCGCAUACAUAUCGCUGGUCACACCUGCGAUUGCAAAAGUCUCGCCUUUGCCUGAGAUUGGUUUCCGCAACGGCCUCGUCUUUGCUGUUGCCUCCCUUGCUGGACUUACCACCAAUCCAAUUAACGGUGCUAUCCUUGAACUGUCGACUGGCUGGCUGGGGCCCAAGAUCUUUGCUGGUACCUUAUUAAUCGUCGGCUCGAUGUUCAUCUUGUCCGUGCGAAUCUAUCGUGUUGGAUGGAAAUUGAACGCUAAGUUCUGA